AUGGGAAUACUUUUUAGUGAUUUAACAGACGUUACUAUCAAAGAAACUGAUAUUGGAGACGGCCCUGUACUCCAGAAUAACAUAGAGACUGUUAUAAACUUAAUUAAAAACAAUAAAGGUAAAACAUGUGUGAUAACCGGAGCUGGAAUUAGUGCGCCGCAGUUGCCAACAUUCAGAUCGCGUGAUAAUAGUGGUCUUUGGGAUGUUUUGAAGGCACCAGACCUUUCAAAAUCUGUAUUUUAUCAAAAUCCUCUACCAUCAUGGAGACUUGCAGCAAACAUCAGAAAUUUGCAAUUGAACAAAACUCUAAAGCAUACGCUAGCUCAUAAUGUCCUCCAUCAAAUGGUUAUCGAUGGCUAUGUUUCAGAUCUUUUGACACAAAACUGCGAUUCCCUUCAUAGUUAUGACGAUGAAUAUGACGAGAAAGUAGUUGAACUCCAUGGAGCUGCAACUGAUUAUGGCGUUUGCGAAAAAUGCCAUGAACUAAGAAACGUAGACGUUCUUGAAAUUCUUCAUACCGAUACAUCUCCAGUUUGCAAUGUUUGUGGUUCAGUUCUUAAACCGCAAGUUGCUUUCUUCGAAGAUACAAUUCCCCGCCAUAUCAGAGACGCUGCGUACAACGCUCUUUCCAGCUGCGAUUUACUACUUGUCGUAGGUACUUAUUGUGCGGUAGACCCUGUUCUCAGCUUUGUUAGAAACGCAAAAAGAAAUGGUACAAUAUUAGUAGAAAUCAACCCUGCUGAGAGUAAUGGCUCUCAGUUUAUGGAUGUAAGCAUUAGAUACUCAGCAAAUGAUGCGUUUAAGUUAAUCGCCGAGAAUUUAUAUCCUGGUCAAUCAUUUGAGUAA